UUGGUUGGCGACAUUGAUUUUGCUUAUGAAAAAAGUGUAUUAUUAUUAUUUUUUAGAGUGCUGGUAAUGGCAAGUCCAGUUAAACAAAAAAGAAAUAGACCAUGUGAAAAUUGCAGAACUCACAGACGAAAAUGUAUAUCAACAAGUAGUGACAUUUGCGAGCGAUGUCAGAAAAUGAAGCUUGCUUGUAUAUACACAUUUACAGAAAAGCCAGCAAAACCCAAGACAGUUUCCAUCGUCAAACAAAAUAAUUUAUUAAACGCUAUUUGGACACUAGGGCGAGAAACAGAACUAGUGCGGUUUCAACUUUGUGAACUUCAAAGAGCAUUAUGCACCAACUGCCAGUCUGUCACUUGCCAGCACAGACAACGGUCUAAAUGGAACCUGACGAUCACCGGCAACCAAAAAGGGAUUCAGGUCAACACAUCAGUCAAAUCUUUAUCAGAUCUUGAACUCUUUAUAAAAGAAGGACUCUCUCGGUUACGAUUAACAGAUACUAUCUCAUUUCCGGAUAUUUCAUUCAAUGCAGGCAGCCAGAUGCUACGUGUCACAUACCCCGUUAUGAAAGUAGAACAAGUUUUUCAGGACAUAUUUCGAUUCAUGCCUAAAGGAGCAGGCUCCUCUUCUCAACUUGACAUCUCAUCCAGCGCCCAAUUUAAUAAGCAAUAUCCACUAUUUAAAUUAAAAAUGAUUCAAAACUAUUUUGCAUGCUUCGGACUUGGCAUACCCGUCUUGCCAUACCCGAUCUACUAUCCCAAACUGUGCACCGAACUUGAUUCGCUUUUGACUGCCUCUGUUGUUUGCCUAGCAGCCUACAGUCCAUGCAGUCAUGUAGACUUAUCCGAGUUUUCAUUUUCUCGACAACAAUUUGCAGAACAUAGUCGGCAGAUAGCCAAGGAAAUGUUACAGGACGCUUUAUUUGAAGAUGAUACGCCCACACCCGAGCUCUGCUGUGCCCUUUUGCUAGUAACUAUCAGUAGUAUCUAUGCACUGAAGGGUAAAGAAGCUCGAAUUCAAUGUAGCCUGUGCUGGCGCAUGGUGAACCUGCUCAAGCCGAUCACCCCUCAAAACGAAGAAGAAGCGAUUCAGAAGCAAAUCCAAAUCCGUGCGUAUUACCUUGUCCGAUAUCUCGAAUUCAGCUUUAUCAAGUUCAAUGACAAGGCUAACGGUUUUGGUAGUGCCGCCCUCAACAUCAAUAGUUUACCUCAGCCUCUACCGUGUGAGAUGAGCGAUGUGACGAUUAUCAACGCGAUUCAAUGUUACCAACUGCUUCUUCGUCUCAUGGCUAUCUCAUCCGGGUUUUCAAGCGACGAACCGAUGGUGUUUGGAUUCUUUGGCGGCGUGCUCGAGCAUGUGUCGUCCACUGUAAUUCUGGUACUUGAGCGAUUCUUGUUAGAGCUCUGGGAGCUCUUUCCUGAAGAUUUCAAGCUUGGCAACGGUCCCUAUGCCUACACGGAUGUGAUUACCCCAGGUCCAGGCCAAAGCCCGUUCAUACUACGUCUCAACCUGACAUAUUAUGUUUAUUGGGUCAAUUUUCAUUGCAAGAUCAUGAACUAUCCUUGGCAAACAGACAUGUCCAGUGUGGAUGGUCAGCGUGUUGAUGGUCAUCGGUCUUUGAUGAUCGCCUCCAUCUGUGCAGACACCGCCACUCAACUCUACGUUGCUAUGGAAGAUAUCGCACCAUGCCAACUUGAUGUGCACUGGAUUUCGUCCUGUUUGGAUAUCCUAAAGGUAUUGGCUGCCUCUCUUGAUCCCUCAGUUCGUGAACGAGCACAAAGGAACACAGCCAUCCUGUCAGAUGUUUUAAAGCGGCGCCUCCAGUUGGAUCACCCUCAGGCGUAUGCUGGACCAUGCAUGGAUCAGCGUAGACAUAUCUAUUCUGUUCGAAAUAGUCGAAGCGCGAGUGUCAGUAGUACGAGCACAAGCGUCAGCAGUAGUAUGAGUGAAAGCACGUGCGAGAGCGUAUUGACAGAAGACACGAGUCAUGGUAUUUAUAUUAAUCAUCAAGUGGUGUAUAUGUCUCCAUACUUUGACCAGCUGAGGUCAAAUAUCACUGAGUACAUGUUGAAUAAUAAAAUAUUUGAAGAGAUGUAGUUAAUAUACAACUUGGAGUAUGUCCAUUAUGAAAGGUAGCAUUUCAUUUUUAUCAGAUCCAGUUGUGUACAUUCAAUAUAAUGAUUGAUAAUGGCAUGAUUAAAAGAUGACUCAGCAGUCUUUUGCAACAACAAAAAAAGGAUGAAUCAUCACUAAUAUACAACAAAGAGGUUAUAUAGAGACUCAUCG